CACGGGCGCCCGUGGAAGGGUAUUGCGUUAGGGUCUGUUUAUGGUGAAGGAAGUGGACGUGGCGCGUAGGUCUGGAUAGCAGAUUUGGUGUAGUGCAGGAGUACUCGUGCAAGUCGGGUAUGCAUUUUUGACCUCGUUCGACUGAAGUAGUGCGUUGAUUGUGCGCAAGAAAUAAGCGUCGAGGUCAGCUGAUAAGGCUGGAAGCAUGAUGCAAGUGAAAAAGUGAUUCAUACAAUCAGGCAGUCCUGAGCUCGGCCCAUGAAAAUGAACGUACCGCGUUAGAUGCUUCCAAUAGCUCACAUUGAUAUAGACUUACGUCGUCGAAACUGACACCUUAUCAGAUGGACGCGGGGUCGGCGUUUGUGCGGCGCGGUUCGAUGCGCAAGCUGCUGCCGAGCGUGCCGGACCCGGAGCAGCAGCUGGCCAUGAGCAGCCAGCUGAUCGACAGCCGCACCAGCUCGCCCAAGGGCGCGCACUGCUACGGCCCCUUCUUCCUGGAGUACGCCCUGCUGGCGGAGUACAACCUGUUGCAGAAGCAGCGUGUGCCAGGCGUCUACGUCAUGCCCGCCGCCAAGACGCCGCUUGUGUGGUUCGGGGUGUUGUUCAUACGGCAGGGCUACUACCAGGAAGGAGUGUUCCGCUUCUCCGUCAUCAUCCCCGAGCUCUUCCCCGACGGAGACUGCCCGCGCGUGGUGAUGGAGCAGCCUGUGUUCCACCCACUGGUCCACCCGGAGACGGGCGAGGUGGACGUGCGGCGCGGCUUCCAGAAGUGGAAGCGCAACUCACACCACAUUUGGCACGUGCUGCUCUACCUGCGCAAGGCCUUCUACAAGAUCGAGACGGUGCAGCCGUCCAACCCGGAGGCGGCCGUUCUGUACGAGAAGGCGCGUGACAUGUUCGCGCAACGGGCGACCGACUGCGUGCGGCGGAGCCGGGAGCGUCUGACCGAGCCGCCGCCCUCCGACGACCCGCACAGCAUCGUCUUCAGCCAGUACAAGCCGGAAGUGCACGGCCCUGUCCGCCAGGCCAUGCUCAACCCCAAGAGGGAGGAGGCGCCCUCGGGCCCGAGUAGCGCCGGCUACUCGUGGGUGCAGCCCGGCAGCCUGGACAUCUUCUCCAAACCGGAGUCGCUCUGAGCGACGGCCGACGCGGCCCGCGCGCUGCGGCGGUGCCGCCCGCACGCGCGGCUGACAGCGACGGACGCGUUAGUGAUCUGUGAUCUAGUGUGUACCGCGGCCGGCAGGGGCCCGGGGCGGCAGCGUGCCUCGCCCGCCGCGGUCGGGUUGCGCCAAGAGCCGAGCGCUCGUCGGCGGAGCUUCCGCGAUAGCGAGCAGUGCGGCGACGGCGGCUCCGGCACCGGCGGCGCUGGCAGUGAGUGGCGUGCGCGUGACGGGCCCGGCGCGGCCUGCGGCCGCGACAGCUGUGUCGAUCACAGGCCUCGGGUCCCGCGCUCCGCCAGCUGGCGAAUGGCCGACUCUGAACUAUCGCCAGCUGAAAGAGGGCUCCUUCGCGAAGGCUCGUGGCUGGCAGAUGCCGGCGCAGGACGCCCAUUGACCUGGCCGGGCCGAGCCGACGUUGGUCUCGACAGACCCUGCUGUCGCGAUGUGAAGGCGGAAGUGGUUGCAGGCUGAAGGCGUUCCACUGGCAUUCUACUUCUCCGCCUGUUGUGAGUACGACGGUGGAUGACGCGUGCGAUCGCGGCUCGCUUGACAGCUGCGAGAUUCGGUGACAUUGUCCUGCCCCUAGGCAGCUAUCUUGUGCGGAACGGUGCCCGCUGACGAUCAUUCCCAAUCAAAGCGGCAAGCGCCCCCAACUGACGGCCAGGGUGCGGCGUGCUUCGCGACAGUGUACCGUAUCCUUAAAACUCUGCAUGCCUGCACGGCGGUAGCGAUUCUGAUUGCUCGGCAGCUUACAGAGAUUGUUGCAGGGUGUCCCUAGUUUACAAAAGUAGUCACUGUGACGCGGACUGUGUUUUGUCGCGCUCUGACGGCGGCGCGCCGUGGGUGUUCCAGUCUGCCGGCUGGGCCCGCCUGACGCCGCGUCGGGAUCAGACCCGCCGGGUCACGGCCCGCUCGGCCAC